CAGCAGUGGACUUUGAUUCGGUCCAUCAUGUGUAUCACUUCCAACGGUAGCCUCGGAGAUAUCAUUUGCUAAUGAUUCAGUCCGGUGCCUAGCUAUGCCGCCUAAAAUUAGACCGCUAUGAGACAGAGUCUACCGAACAUACAUGGCCGUUCCAGCCUCGUACAUAAUGAGGUCGACCGUCUUCACGCUGACCACUACAUUGCAUACUUCUCCCUAGUAUCGAGCCAGGAAAGACCUAUACAACGAUCACCUUGUCUUAUAGGCAUCCAGCUAUAUACCUUCAAACGUCAUACCGCCCUACGUGCACCUAUGCCUACCUUCAAAGUCGAGCGAGUGGGGAAGCGCGAAAUUCGUGAAGACAGCGCGAUCUCAAACGCUCCACAACCCUCAGAUCCACGAGUAGCUGGAGAACUACGACAACGAUCGAGAAGCCGGGCACGGAAGAAGCGGGCAGACGGGGUCUUGCAAGCACCCAUUCCUAGCGCACUCAAGAUAGAACUUGGGCUUCCGUCACAUGGUGAACAUACUCAAACAAGAGCUGUGUCUCCAAUUGGUCAUGUCAAGAAAGAAACCAAGAGCACUUCUCCGGGACCCAUUACAAAGCUACACGCUACGCACUCUGAACAUGUCGAGACGCAACAACUCGACACACAAGUAAAAGAGGAAAAGGCGCACGAGCUUGUUCUUUUUGAAGUAUCACCACAACAGUCAUCUGCAGAAAUCGCGACAGCGGGGUCGAGGAAAAAGAAUGGCAUAGACAGUCGAGCGGUUACAUACUGGAAGCACUCUGUCAAUCCUCCCAAAGUUCACAAAGCUGUUGUCCGUCCGUUGACUUCGUUGUACCUCGGUAUCUUGUUGACGCUAGCCACUGUUUCGUAUUACCUGGUGGUGGAAGCAUGGUCAAGUGGCCUGCUGCAUUUGGACAGGUUCACACCAGCAGCCUCAGCAAGAGUCAGCCGCCCACAAGCUAUCAGCUACGUGGCCCUCGCCAAAUCCGGGGUGGACUCCGUUGAAGAUGUCUGCCACUCUUGUAUAUUGCAGUCGGAUCUGCAGGAGUGCCUUUACACCCUAAGAGUCAUGACAGACAAAGAGGAUGCUCUGUGGAGUGCUCUUCUUGACCAUUUGGACCCGGAGCUGGCCACGCUUAAGGCCUACAUUGCACGCGCGAAUGCGACCCAGACGCAACAGCAGGUUCAACGGGCUCGCUCACAUCUCGCCCAAGAUCGGCGUCAAGUUCUCACGGAGCUUCGUAGCAUGUAUGACGGCCCUGAGAGCUGUGUUGCUAGAGUAUUGAGUGCCACUAAGCGGGGAAUUGUGGAAUACGGAAACCGAGCCUGGGCUCAGAGAUUCACCUGGGCGAAGAAGUCAAUUGCUCCGUCCGCUGGUCUGCAGUCUCUUGCCUCCCUAUCCCCAAGCCAGAUGAUGAUGUGGCGAAAUCAGACGACCUGUCUGUCCCAGCUCCAACGUGCCUCAAGUCUGGGCCAAGCCGGCGCCGAUAGGAUUGACCAGCAAAUCAAGCUAGAGGUGGAUGCAGCCGAGUUAUUGUUGGGAAUGGAAGCUGAUCUGGAGUAUAUGACCGUGCUUGGUGACAGGGACAAGAACACUUUCUUGAGCCGUACGUUUGUGGUUGUGCAAACCCUCUACCGCAGCCAUGCCGGCAAUUCAACGGAGAUUGUUGGCCAUUGGCAGAGUAUGUGAGGGUCGGCGUUCGGCAGGCAAAAUGUGAUGAUUACAAGCAUGAUAUGGACAAUGUGACAGCCAUCCGUGACCUCUAAUAUUCAACAGUUUCACACUCAUUGCUCAGUCGCCACCGGAACCCGAGGCACAGCACUGUCCGUAGCUCUCGGCUGUCUGAGUUCAAUAAUCCCCUUCCAGGCUUCCUGAUGUUG